AUGGAUGCCGCUCUAGGCGCGAUUGCAGUUCUUGUGCAUUGCUUUGAGGAUAAACUCAAUGAUCUUGAUGUUCGUCUGGCCUUCAUCAAAUCCAAGCCAGUUGCCCUGCGCGCCAUGCGUGAAAACCAUGGUAUUGGGGUCAUUUUGGCUUGGUUAUGGGGUCUCGCCGUCCUAGUCAAGGAGAAGAAUGUAAAUAUAGAUCAAGAUGAUGUCGUACCCAUCAUUCAGGCAAUCAUGCCGAUUGCGGCCAUAUCACCUGAUCCUGCCACACGCUUCAUCGCUUUCCGACUUCUUAACACAAUGCUCAACCUUAUAAAUGACCUGGCCCGAUUAUCCGUAUUGAAAGAUUUCACGAGCGCGGCAUGUCCCUUCCCCCAGAUGCGUGUGGCUGCUGUUGGACUGAUCAAGGACAAUGUUCUCCCUGCAUUGAAGGAGAAGAAUGCAUCGCCCUUCAGUACCCCCGUUUUGAUGCAAACGCUGGGUCCUAUCUUGCUGCGCCCACAACCGAACGACCUCUUCGAGCACAAUCUCCAGCUAUCCGAGUUUAUUGACUCCUAUGAGCCGGCUAGAUUGACUGAAAGCAUGAGCUUCCUUUAUGCCCUUCUGAGCAUUGACAAGGCCAAUAGGACUGCCAUUCGUGACGCCAUGCCAGAGUUCCAAGCUCAAAUUCUGAAGCCUUUGCGAAAGCGACUUGAAGCGUGGGAGCCAGAGAUGGAAAAAGACGAUGAGGUGUCCAUGGCAUUAUCGGGAUUGAUUAUGUCUAUUGAUAGGUUUGAUUCAAUACUAUCGUGA